CAUUAAAUGAAUGAAUCCUUCAGAGCGUACUUGGGCCCAUUGUACCUUCGUAUCAAUGCAUAUAAAGCAUGCUUGGUGUGCAUUGCUGACGCCACAACAAUGUUCGAGCCCUAGAUGGGUUUUGAUUCAAAUGUACAAGUUACCUACAAGUUUAUGAUGUGUUGUCGUAAGCAGCCCUGAAGAUAUAUCUCAUAAAUCAGGCCUCGCAUCCCCUUCUAUUUCCCCAUGUCUGUCUGCCUACAUCCCUAAGUCCUAGAACGAGUCCGUCCGAAAGUAAAGACUCUUGGAGAACAUUUCUUCAGUAUGUUGUCUGUUAGUUUGGUAGUAUCGACAGUUUUAAGCUUGUCAAGUGCUAUUGUUAUCAAUCCCUCGCCAGAGCCCUAUCCAUCUCCUGAUCCAGAACAGACUGUUAUACGAUGGCUUCCAAGUGCUCAGAAGGUUCGCGGUGUCAAUCUUGGAUCGCAGUUCAUAGUGGAGCCUUGGAUGGCUCAGGAUGAGUGGAAUAGCAUGGGAUGUGGAGGCACCAACGACGAAUGGCAGUGCGUAGAGAGACUCGGGCAAGACGCAGCAGACGCGGCAUUCAAGAAGCACUGGAGCACCUGGACCACGCAGAGCGACAUAUCACAGAUCAAGAACCUCGGCCUCAACACCGUCCGCAUCCCCGUCGGCUUCUGGAUCCGCGAAGACCUCGUCAACCAGGGAGAGCACUACCCUCGCGGCGGCCUCGAGUACCUCGACCGCCUCGUCGGGUGGUGCUCCGACGCCGGGCUCUACGUGAUCAUGGACCUGCACGGCGGGCCGGGGGCGCAGUUCCCCAACCAGCAGUACACGGGCCACGGCGUGGGGUACCCGGGCUUCUACACGGCCGAGAACUACGAGCGCGCGUGCAAGUUCCUCGAGUGGAUGGCGGAGCGCAUCCACACGAACCGCAACUACCGCAACGUCGGCGCGCUCGAGGUCAUGAACGAGCCCGUCCACGCCAGCGACUACGGGUCCCAGGCCGCGGACAUGAUCGCGAAUUUCUACCCCAAGGCGUGGAGCCGCAUCCGCGACCGCGAGAACAAGCUCAACGUCACCCCGAACAACCGCUUACACAUUCAGAUGAUGGACACAUCCUGGGGCUCCGGCGACCCGAGCAGCCACCUGCCGGACAAGACCUUCGCCAUGUACGACGACCACAAGUACUACAAGUGGGACCCGUCGGUGGCCACCAACAAAGCCGGGUACAUCGCCGCCGCAUGCCGGGACAACCGGGGCGGCAGCGACGUGAUCGUGGGGGAGUGGUCUCUCUCCGUCGCGGACUCGGUGCAGUUCAACGACGAGUUCCAGAUCAGGAACCGGCCCGACCAGGUGGCGUGGUACCGGCAGUACUGGGCGGCGCAGGCGCAGACGUUCGAGAAGUCGGGCGGCUGGGUCUUCUGGACCUGGAAGUGCAACUGGAUCGGCGGCAUGGACGAGUGGCGCUGGUGCUACCAGUCCGCCGUCGCGGCGGGGGCCAUCCCGAGGGAUGCCGCGAGCGCCGCGAGUCUGCACCCUUGCUGAUAGACAGGUGCCUGCUACGAUCAGUAGGUACCUAACCAGAGUAGACCGUUGUUAAUACAGGCGUGCCUUAUUCUCCUGGCAAGGGAUGCCUUUUUUAAAACCAAAGA